AAUUCAUCAAAUGGCUCUCAUCAGCCGCUGUUCGCCAUCAAGACGAGGCGCUCCAUCACCGCUGCUGCCCUCCUCGAUCAGGGCCUCAAACACCAUCCAAUCCACCUGCAGCCUGUCUCACAUCCAGCUACUCAUCGCGACCACGUCUUCACGCGUCACGCGUCAAUUUGGACACGCAGACCAUCAUGGGUGUGCCCGCCCUCUUCCGCUGGCUAAGCAAAAAGUACCCCAAGAUCGUCACCAAUGUCGUCGAGGAGGAGCAGAGGUAUGCGCCGACCGGAGAAGGACGGGAAGAUGAUGGGCAGGCCGACGGGGAGGAGAAGGGUGUACCGAUACCGAUAGACAUUAGUGGCAAGAAUCCGAACGGGGAAGAGUUCGAUUGUUUGUACUUGGACAUGAAUGGUAUCGUGCAUCCUUGUACGCAUCCGGAGGGCAAACCUGCGCCGGAGACUGAAGAGGACAUGAUGCUCGAGGUCUUCAAGUACACAGAAAGAGUAGUAAACAUGGUCAGGCCUCGCAAACUCCUCAUGAUGGCUAUUGAUGGUGUGGCUCCCAGAGCGAAGAUGAAUCAGCAGCGAUCCAGACGAUUCAGAGCUGCCCAAGAGGCGAGAGAAAAGGAGGAGGAAAUGGCCAAAGCGCUGGAAGAGUGGAAAAAGGCUUGACAGUAUCGGAUGAGGGCAGCGAAAAGAAAAAGUCUUGGGAUCGCAAUGCCAUCACACCAGGUACGCCCUUUAUGGACCUGCUGGCUGCUAGCUUG